ACAAAUGAAACUUCAGAACGAGCGCGUUCUGAAAAUUCAGAGAAUAAGUGCAAUUCUGAAGAUUCUGACUCGGAUUCAAAUUCCGAAGCAGCUACCGAAUCAACAUUAGAUGCCACCUAUCUAACUUUUCUAACUCAAGAAAAUGCUGAUGGAGAGGAGUUAAUACCUAAGGUGAAGAGGUUAUUAAAAGAGAAAAGUGUCGGCGAGAAGUUGCAGGAGAUUUUUAAGUUGGCGAAACCUGAGCAACUUAGAGGAGGAUUACUUCUCGACCUGGAACAAAAGUACUUCUUUGCUUUUCCAUCGAAUUGUCAAGUCCUGUACAAGAAUCUGAAUGAACUUUGGGAGUCGCAUAAAUCAUCACAAUCAAUGCAAGACUCCACAGCGACGUCAACACACAUAAUGGAUUCGUUGAGAUCAAUCAUGCCUCAUAGACGGGAAAAGAGUGGUGACGAAACAUCACCAUCUUUUUCAACGUCGCCGAAAUCUCAGAAAGCAUCCAACUUUACUUCAAAUUCGUUUAAGCGUCAUGUUUCGGUAUUAUUUAGGAAUCCCACGAAACAUAUCAGCACCUUUGAUGAAAAUCCUAACGAGGAAACUAGUACAAAAUUCCGGAAUUAUUUUGCGUUAAAAAAUGAACCGCUUAAAGCCA